AUGUUGACGGCAGGAAUGGGUCUUGCGAGUCUUGUGAGCGGCGCGGCUGAACCAAUUCGUUAUGUAGCUCCUCAAGUGGCUGCUAGACAAAAUUUCCCAGCAGUAUACAAAGCAUACACAUUCGAUCAAACGAUCGAUCACUUCCCUAAUAGCAAGAGGUAUGAGCCGCAUGCAAAUGGUACUUUUCAACAACGAUACUUUUUCGACUCGUCGUACUACAAGCCUGGUGGCCCAGUCUUCUUGUACAUUGGAGGAGAAACAAGCGGUGAAAGUCGACUCUCAAAUCUGCAGACUGGAAUCAUUCAAGUCCUCAUGCAGCAAUUUGACGGCUUGGGAGUCAUUCUCGAGAAUCGAUACUACGGCGGAUCGAAUGGCGGAAGCUACCCAUUUGAAACAAGUACCGUGGAUGAAUUGGCGUACUUGACAACGGAGCAAACCAUCGCUGACAAUGUCAACUUCGCCAGACACGCAACGUUCCCAGGAGUAAAUGCGACCGUGACAGCACCGUCGACUCCAUGGAUUUUGUACGGCGGCAGUCUUGCUGGCGCCCAAACAGCCUUCUCCGUACAAACAUAUGGUGAUAUCUUGUAUGGCGGCAUUGCAAGCAGCGCCACAACUAACGCAGUUCUGGGCUACGCGCAAUGGUAUGAUCCAAUUCAAAAGUAUGGUCCACAAGACUGUAUUGCCAGGAUCAAUAAGUUAGUGGACAACAUUGAUCACGUGCUGUUCUCAAACAACACAGCGGCUAUCACGCAACUUAAACAGACUUUCGGUCUGGAAGCUCUGAAAGAUAGUAGAGACUUUGCGAUGACUAUCGCAUUCCCGCUUGGAGGGCCGAUGUUCUACCCGACAAAUACUUGGCAAGAGUUGAACUGGUAUACGGACUACACUUCCGAUGACUUUUUUCAGUUCUGCGGUAAUGUCACCGAUCUUGAUACACCAGAAGAUGUGACUGCUGUCGACAGCGUCCUUGCUGCCUAUACAGGAGGCGAAGAUUGGAAAGGUCUGGGGAACUAUGCUGAAUACGUGAAGAAUGUGAUUGUUCCGUUAUGCGAGGACGGAGAUUUGAACAACCAGAAAUGCUUCGGCACGCAGAACUCAACUGCGUGGGCUGAGAUUGCGAACUCUGGUGACCGAUCGUAUCUAUACACUUCCUGCACAGAACAGGGAGCUUUCAUCGCUGCACCAACGCACGGCAAAAGCCUCAUCUCUCGUGUCCUCCAGCCGUCCUACACCCAGCAGUGGUGUGAGUGGUCUUUCGAGCCAGGCCAGUACAACAGAAUCCCGAAAACCCCUGAUUUAGCCAAGUACAACAAGUACGGUGGGUAUGAUGUGGAAGCUGAUCGACUGGCACACAUUGAUGGCGAUCAAGAUGUUUGGUUGGACUUGUGCUAUCACAGUAACAACGCCCCAAAACGGUACUCGAGCGACUUGCGGCCUGAGUAUCUCAUCACCGGGGCGGGUCAUCACUGGGAUAGCUCCGGCAUCAAAGACGUAGGCGCCGAGCCACAAUUCAUACGAGAGGCCCACCGAUGGGAGAUCCGGACGGUGAAGAGAUGGUUAAGCGACUUCGAUAGCUGGAAAAGCACAAAGCACAGCGAACUGUGAUUGUCGACUGCGAUCAUUUCCAUACAGCGAUCAUCCAAGCCUAGCAGUAUGUAUUGUCUUUUAAAUAUUAAAUGUAGGCGAUGAGAAUGUCUCUCCUCGUGCCACCUAUAUCGCUAUAGCCCGUGGUGGGUUAUGCCUGAAGAGAUCUGCUUGUUCGACCAAGGUAGUGAGCCGGGCCAUAAAGUAAAAGUGUGCUCCUCAUGAUCAUCCGGGUAUGAGACGGUAUGCCCAGAUCAGUCUGAAGCAGAAGUGUGCGGUUCGUGGAGAGAACAGUGAAUGUUGUUGAAUUGUGCAAGAGGGAUUGGAAAGUCUAUAUGGCUAUCUGGAGAGCCCAAGGACCCUGCCAAGACAGGGCUGUGAUUGGCCCAGCCAUAUGACGUACCUAGCAGGGACCUGGAACGGCGGGCA